GCGUCAACGUCACGAAAUUCAAAAUUUAGAAAGAGAAGAGAGAACGGUCGGUGUUGCUCCGGUGUAUUCCACGUUUUCUUGAAGAAGUGAGCUCGUUCUGUUAAUUUUGAGGUUUCAGAAGGGCAAUAUUUGACGGUCGUGUGAAAACCUGGAUAUAAUGGCGCAGUUUGGGUUUGAGAACGACAUCCAUAGCAUCUUGAAGCUGGAUAUGCCCAUCACAAACGCUCCUAUGGCAAGGUGGCAGAGGAAGGCUAGCUCAUCAAACUCAUCCGCCUUGAACGGAUUGUCUCCUGGCAAAUCUGCCAAUGUGUCGCUCAGUUCAUCAAAAACGCCAAGCAAAACACCAGGCAAAAAUAAAAAGCAGACACCAUCUAAGAUGGGGGGCGACCGCUUCAUUCCCACCAGAAACAGCAAACAAAUGGAUGUGGCAAGUUUUCUGCUCUCAAAAGAGAAUGAGCCUGUGGACGCAAACAAUACAGCUGGAACAUCAGAAAGCCAGAAAGCAUGGUCUAUGUCCCUAAAUGGAUACAACAUUGAUGAUGCAAAGAUCCUUCACCUUGGAGGGAAACCACUGAAUGCUCCAGAAGGCUAUCAAAACAACUUGAAAGUCCUCUACAGUCAGGGUGCAACCCCUGCCUCUGUCAAAAAGACUAGAUACAUAUCUUCAACUCCUGACAAAAUCCUGGAUGCUCCUGAUCUUCGAAAUGAUUUCUAUUUGAAUCUGAUUGACUGGAGCAGUCGGAAUGUUCUCGCUGUGGCACUUCAUAACAGUGUUUACCUGUUGGAUGCCUCUCAAGGAGACAUCACUCUCCUCAUGAGGUUGGAGAGUGAGGACAUCUACAUCUGCUCACUAUCCUGGACCAAAGAGGGAACCUACCUAGCUAUCGGCACCAGUGACUGCAAAAUUCAGUUGUGGGACGUUUACAACCAGAAGCGUCUACGCAGCUUGGCCAGCCAUACGUCUAGAGUUGCUUCACUGAGCUGGAAUGACCAUGUUCUCACCAGGUACUUCUUUUUUUUUUUUUUUUUUUUCUCAUCAUUUAUGAUAAUAGACAAACUUGCAAUUUCAAUUGUGUGUUGGACUCAUGUUUCUUUCCCUAGUGGCUCGAGAUCAGGACACAUCCACCAUCAUGAUGUGAGGGUGGCAGACCACCACAUCUUUACGCUUACUGGUCACUCACAGGAGGUGUGUGGGCUUAAGUGGUCACCUGAUGGACGAUACCUGGCCAGUGGAGGCAAUGAUAACUUGGUUUAUGUAUGGCCACGUAUGCAGGAGGGCACCAACACUAACUCUGUCCAAUGCUGGAGUGAUCAUCAAGGAGCUGUGAAGGCUUUGGCCUGGUGUCCAUGGCAGCCAAAUAUCCUUGCAUCUGGAGGUGGUACCAGUGACCGUCACAUCCGCAUCUGGAAUGUUAACAGUGGCUCCUGCAUCAGUUCACUUGACACUCAGUCUCAGAUCUCGUCACUGUUGUUUUCACCCAACUACAAAGAACUUGUCUCUGCCCAUGGAUAUGCCCACAACAAUGUUGUUAUCUGGAAGUACCCUGCUCUCACCAGGGUUGCAGAGCUCAAGGGCCACGAGGACAGAGUGCUCAGUUUGAUUCUGAGUCCAGACUGCUCCACUAUUGCGACUGUUGCUGGAGAUGAGACUAUCCGCAUGUGGAAGAGCUUUGAAGUGGAUCCUGUUAAGAAGGCCAAGGAGAGGCUGGUCAAGUCAACUAGCAGUGUAAUUCAUCAGUCAAUCAGAUAGUUUGCUCUGUGUGUAGUUUAUUUAUUUUUAUAAAGGUGUUUUGGUAAUGUGCUUUUUUUUUUAAAUCUACAAAGAUGUACAUGGUUUUAGAUGUAACUGGCAGUUUACAGCUCCCAUUGAUGUAAUGGGUGGUUGGUCUCAGUUGUUGAAACAGGUCUGUUAAUGUGGUAAGUUGAGUGGCUUUUUUUUGGGGGGGGGGGGGUUAAGCAAUCCAAUGUAUUUAACUUUUAUUAAAAACUAGGGAUGCAUUGUAUACCACAGACUAGUUUAUAAAUAAAUGCUUAUAAAUAAAUGGUUUGAUUAAUGUGCUGUCGUGUAUUGGUACUGCCAUGGUGCAAACUGUAGGGCUUAUAUCAAUUCACAUGUAGUGAUAACUAUUAUCUCCCCCAGUUCCUCAUGGUAAUGCCUGCCAAACCAACAGAAUACAAAUUCCAUGUUUAUCCUGCAAAUAUGUUAUUUGUUAGCUUAGCUGUGGUUUAAGGUUUAAAAGGCAGUCUUCUCAAAAGUUUACUGGUGGUGUUAGUCUGAAUCUGGUUGCUGUGUAUUCUGUAGAAAUUGCCUUAUGACCUGUAGAGGUCACUCUCUGAAGUUUAACAAAUUGUUGCAGAUGUAUUGGAACUGAGGUUUAGAGUAUAAGCUAAUAUAAAGUGUCACUUCUUAAUUUCUAAU